AUGGCUACUCUCACCAGCUCCCUCUCCACAACGGUGGCCACAACCGCGUUUUCCGCGAGUGCCGCGUCAUCCAGGGCUCUUGCCAGCUCAGCCGCUAUUUCGGGAACUCCCGUCCUGCGCUCCGCUGCUUCCGUCAGCAAGCGUGCACCGGCCGGCAAGACUAACGGUUCCGUCAGGUGCUCCGCGAAGCCGUCGGCUUGCAACGAUGAGAGCAACCGAGCCUUCGCUAUGAGAACUUUCCGCGAGAAGAAGGCUUUCAAGGCCAUCGCAGGACUCAACAACUUCAAUGCCGACUCUGUUGCCGCUGUCGUCUCCGCUGCCGAGAAGGGAGGGGCCACCGUCGUCGACAUUGCCUGCGAUGCCGAUCUCGUUCGCCUCGCCCGCUCCCUCACCUCUCUCCCUAUCUGCGUGUCGGCAGUGGAGCCCGAGAAGUUCGUCGAGGCAGUUGCUGCUGGCGCGCACAUGAUCGAGAUUGGCAACUUUGAUUCGUUCUAUCCUGACGGCCGGGAGUUCACUGCAGAGGAGGUGCUUGACUUGACUCGUCGCACUCGCCAGCUGCUCCCUGCCAUCGCUCUCUCCGUCACCGUUCCCCACACUCUGCCUCUGCCCGAACAGGUCGCUCUGGCAGAGGCUCUGCAAGAGUGUGGUGCUGACGUCAUCCAGACUGAGGGCGGAACCAGCUCAGCAGCUUCCUCUGCGGGCGUUCAAGGGCUGGUGGAGAAGGCCACCCCCACAAUUGCAGCCACCUACUCCAUUGCCCGUGCCGUCACCAUCCCUGUCAUGUGUGCCUCUGGCCUCAGCGCUGUCACUGUUCCUCUCGCCUUCGCUGCUGGCGCCUCCGGAGUGGGUGUUGGGUCUGCCAUCAACCGCCUGAAUGAGCCGAUUGCGAUGGUGGCAGCGGUGCGUGAAAUUGCGGAUGCGGUGAACAGCCAAGUCACUGAGAAGAAGGCAGCUACCAGUGGUGCUAACAAUUGA